ACCCCCCCUCCCCCGCCUGCCCCAUCCCGGCCAGCUGAGUGAGUGAGUGUGUGCGCGCGCGGCUCCAAGUGGGAGCGGCGCUCGUGAGGUGCGUGUGUCCGUCCCGCGGAGUUCCUCUCAGACCUGCGAGCGAGAGAGCGAAAGGUCAGGAGGGAGGGGACUGAUCUAAUAUCCCUGGGGAAGGAAAUUCCACAGCCAAGGGACUACAACUGAGAAGGCCCUGUCUCUCGUCCCCGCCAGUCAUGCCUACGAAGGAGACGGGACCGAGAGCAGGGCCUCCCCAGAUGAUCUUAAACUCCAAGAUGGUUCAUAGAGGGAGAUCCGUUCAGACAGGGACUUUGAAGAUCCAGGCUUGAAUUUUACUGAUCCAUGCAAACCAUCGAGUGACCUGAGAGCCAUGUACACAUUGGAGCAAAGCUGGGCUGUAUAUUGAUGAGGUGAAAAUUUCGCUCCUUAUAUAGAAAAGGGUGUUUCAUAUUACCUGGUACUUCAUGUUAUCUUGGAGAACCCAGAGAUUGAACCAGAGUCUUUAGACAUACAAAACAGGCAAAACAUAACAGUUCAAAAUGCAGAGGAUUACCACUGUGAAUCCAGCGCUUCUGUUUACUGCACUUGUAUUCAUAAACAUUUUGUUCCUUCUUUUUGUAAGAUGAACAUCUUCCAAAUAUGAAACCACAGAGAUUGUUGAGGGUAACUGUAUUUUUUCAUCUGCAUUAAAUGGAACAGGAACAUCUGCAAAUAAAGUACAUUCAUCCAAAACGUGACUUGUGAACCAGGAUAUUUUCCAUCCCUUUUUUUGAAACUGGCAUAACUUGUAACUGUGUGCAUACUGUUGACUUGUAUGCAGUAUUUCUCUAAGUGUGACAUUUGAUAGGUUUCCUCCCCUGAAUGUAUUCUAAGGUUGUCUCAAGAGCAGUGAAAUGAGGAGCCUGUGCGAAAUAACAAUGUCUAUGUCUGUUUCUGAAGAGAACAAUUUCAUAAUGAUGUAAGCCUCUCCCAACAUCUGGAUGUGGUGCUAAAGGCAAAUCAUUUUUUAUCAGCUGACGUGAAAUUGCAAAGAGGACCUUCUAUUAAAAUAACUUCUAGCCAAAAUAAUCUUAAACAUCAACAUGCACAGAAUGAAAAGGAAAACAAAGAUAACUUAGAUGAGAGGACAUUUCCAUAAACCAUAAAAGAGAAGUGUGAAAUUGCUCCUACUACAUUGCAGGAUCAAGGGAUUUUCUUGACUAUUGGACAGGCCUUGACAGAUUUAAAUCAAGUCAGAUGUCAUCGAACGAAUCAUCUCCUCCAUCUUUACCAAAGUUUUCACCAUCUGUGUCUCAUGCAGCUGCUCCACCAGCCCCUUCUUUAUCUUCAAGUCCACAAUCUGGACUCUCAGGAAGGUUGUCCAAUGGCAGCUUCAGCACGCAAAGUCUCACCAACUCCAGGGGCUCUGUACAUGGAAUGUCCUUCUUGCUGCAGAUUGGUCUCACCCGUGAGACGGUUACCAUUGAUGCUCAAGAGCUCUCCCUUUCUGCUGUCAAAGAUUUGGUGUGCUCUGUAGUUUAUCAAAAGUUUCCAGAGUGUGGGUUUUUCGGUAUGUAUGACAAAAUUCUCCUAUUCCGCCAUGAUCUUAACUCAGAAAAUAUAUUACAGCGGAUUACCUCAGCCGAAGAGAUACAUGAAGGUGAUCUCAUUGAGGUUGUCCUAUCCGCUUUAGCUACAGUUGAAGACUUCCAGAUUCGUCCUCAUAUGCUUUAUGUGCAUUCUUACAAGGCCCCUACUUUUUGUGAUUACUGUGGAGAGAUGCUUUGGGGCUUGGUACGGCAGGGAUUGAAAUGUGAAGGGUGUGGCUUAAAUUACCACAAACGAUGUGCUUUUAAGAUUCCAAACAACUGUAGUGGAGUAAGGAAGAGGCGUUUAUCAAAUGUGUCUUUACCUGGAUCUGCACUUUCAGUUCCAAGAUCAAUACAAACGGAAUGCACAAACACAACAACAGAAGAGCGUUGUCUUCUGGAGCCUAGUAAGAGAAUUCCUUCCUGGAGUGGCCGCCCAAUAUGGAUGGAAAAGAUGGUGCUUUGUCGAGUGAAAGUUCCUCAUACUUUUGCAGUACAUUCUUAUACUCGACCGACCAUAUGCCAGUACUGCAAACGGUUACUCAAGGGCCUUUUUCGCCAAGGAAUGCAGUGUAAAGAUUGCAGAUUUAACUGUCACAAACGUUGUGCCUCUAAAGUUCCUAAAGAUUGUCUUGGAGAAGUAGUGUUUAAUGGAGAACAAGAGCCAGCUAGUCCUGGGCAAGAUAUUGAUAUGCCAAUGGAAGUAGAUAGUAGUGAAACAAAUAGCGAUGGGGGUAGGGGCUUGGAUGAUGUGGAAGAACCCUCUCCUCCUGAAGACAAGAUGUUUUUUAUGGAUCCAGGAGAUCUAGAUGGGGACAAAGAUGAAGAGGCUGUCAAGACCAUUAGUCCAUCAACAAGCAAUAAUAUUCCACUGAUGAGAGUGGUACAAUCAGUCAAGCAUACAAAACGGAAGAGCAGUACAAUGGUGAAGGAAGGAUGGAUGGUUCAUUACACUAGCCGAGAUAACCUGAGAAAAAGGCAUUACUGGAGGCUGGAUAGUAAAUGUCUUACGCUAUUUCAGAAUGAAUCUGGGACAAAGUAUUACAAGGAGAUUCCACUUUCUGAAAUUCUACAAGUCAUUCAACCAAGGGAUUUCUCCAAUGUGGUGCAGGGCAGCAACCCUCAUUGCUUUGAAAUAAUAACAGACACAAUGGUUUACUUUGUCGGCGAAAACAAUGGCAGUAACCACCACAAUCCUGUUUUAGCUGCUACUGGAGUUGGACUUGAUGUAGCGCAGAGCUGGGAGAAAGCUAUUCGUCAAGCUUUGAUGCCUGUAACACCCCAGACUAGCAUUUGUACCGUUGGAGGACAAGGAAAAGAUCACAAAGAAUUGUCUGUCAGCAUUUCUGUCUCAAAUUGCCAGAUCCAAGAGAAUGUGGAUAUUAGUUCAGUGUAUCAGAUCUUUGCUGACGAAGUGCUCGGUUCUGGGCAGUUUGGGAUUGUGUAUGGAGGAAAACAUAGGAAGACUGGAAGAGAUGUGGCAAUUAAAAUAAUUGAUAAAAUGCGAUUCCCUACAAAACAGGAAAGUCAGCUGCGCAAUGAAGUGGCCAUUUUACAGAAUUUGCACCAUCCUGGGAUUGUAAACCUGGAAUGUAUGUUUGAAACUCCAGAAAGGGUUUUUGUUGUGAUGGAGAAACUUCAUGGAGACAUGUUAGAGAUGAUUCUCUCCAGUGAAAAAAGCCGGCUUCCAGAAAGAAUCACCAAGUUUAUGGUCACCCAGAUACUUGUUGCUCUGAGGAAUUUACACUUCAAGAAUAUAGUGCACUGUGAUUUAAAACCUGAAAAUGUACUGUUAGCAUCAGCAGAGCCAUUUCCUCAGGUGAAGCUCUGUGAUUUUGGUUUUGCACGCAUUAUUGGUGAGAAGUCUUUUAGGAGAUCAGUGGUUGGAACCCCAGCUUACUUGGCUCCAGAGGUACUUAGGAGUAAGGGCUACAAUCGAUCUUUGGAUAUGUGGUCAGUGGGAGUCAUCAUCUAUGUGAGCCUGAGUGGUACAUUUCCGUUUAAUGAGGAUGAAGAUAUAAAUGAUCAGAUUCAAAAUGCAGCCUUUAUGUAUCCGGCAAAUCCCUGGAAGGAGAUAUCUAGUGAAGCGAUUGACUUAAUAAACAAUUUGCUACAAGUGAAGAUGAGAAAACGUUACAGUGUUGACAAAUCACUUAGUCAUCCUUGGUUACAGGACUAUCAAACGUGGCUUGAUCUUCGGGAGUUUGAAACCCGCAUUGGAGAGCGUUACAUUACCCAUGAAAGCGAUGAUGCUCGCUGGGAAGAACAUGCAUAUGAACACAACCUUGUGUGCCCCAAGCAUUUUAUUAUGGCUCCCAAUCCAGAUGACAUGGAGGAAGACCCAUAGGAAUCAUCAAGGGGAAGGCACUUAAAUCAACACUGGUGUUUCUCCAGAGCAAAUGUCCUGUUUUGCUCUUCAGCUUCCAUUUAGGAGCAAUGGAAGAUCUCCUGAGUCAGUUUGUGGGAGGUCUAGAUGCUAUGGAAAGCCUAUGCAUCUUUGACUAUUGUGAUCCAGCACUGGGUGAAUAGCCACAAAGUAUUCAUGUAACAUUGCCUUACUGGUACAUCACAGUGAUGUUACUUACAAAUGAAAUGCACAGUGAAUUGAUGUUCAUGAAUUUUCCAAGCUUUUUGGUAGUUUACACAACAAAACAAUUGUAAUGGUUUUCUACUUCAUACCUAUUAAGCCAUAGAGUACUAUUUUCUGGUAUUUAGAUACAUGUGUUAUGAAGCUACAGAGAAAUCUGAACCAAAUAAUUACAACAAGCUUGAGUGUUAGGGCCCAUACAAAAUGCUGGUAUUCAAUGAGCAGGUGUGAUGUGGACAAGCAAUAAAAGUCAAAAUAGGUUUAAUAGUCAAAUCUUGCUCCUCUCCCUUAAUUAAAGCAGCCUCAUGAGGUAAAUGUAUGUUAUCUUUAUUGAAUACAGACAAGCUGUGUUUUGCAUUUAUGGCUCAUUAGUAUAGGAGUAAAUGUAACACAUGGUGGGUUAAUAGAGUAUGGCAGACGUUAAAUGUGACUUUGAAAUGUACAAAAGACUUUGUGCCUUCGUUUAGCAGAGGGACAGACUGCAACAGUGUGAUCUGUAUGCCAUCAGGUGGAAAAAGUGGUGCCUAGAAUCAUAUGGUUUGGAAGAGACCACAAGUGCCACCCUGUCCAACCCUCUGCCAUGCAGGAAAACACAAAACACCCUAGACGGAUGGCCAUCCAGCUUCUGCGUAAAAAAAAUCCAGAGAAAGAGACUUUCCUAUGCUUCAAGGCAGCAUAUUCCACUGUUGAGAACUUGUCAUCAGCAAGUUCUUCCUCAUGUUCAGGUGGAAUUCCUUUUAUUGUAGAUUUAGCUCUGUGUCUUAGCCUUGGGAGCAGCAGAAAACAAGCUUGCCCUCUCCUCAAUGUUACAUCCUUUCAAAUACUUAAUCAUGUCUCUUCUCAAUCUUCUCUUCUCGAAGUUCAAUUUACCUGGCUCCCUAAGAUGCUUCUCAUAGGGCUUGGCUUCCAUAGCUUUUACCAUUUUGGUCACUCUGCUAUAGAAAAAUUAUAUAUUUUUUAAAAGGACAUGGCUAGAAAUUGAAUUUUACCUUAUUUUGAACUCAUUCAAGCACCAUUUGAUUUUCCAGUACAAUAUUCAUUAGAUUCUCUGAUUUCAUUGAAAAAACACUUUAUAUUUUGGGCUGUUGGAGAGACAGGAUUGCAGUGUCGUCUCCCUUUUGGCUUCCUUUAAAUCUUGGACCAUAAUCAUCAGCUUUUCAUUGUACUAGAUAAGCUAGUUCCUCUGUAAUUUCUAUAGUGCACAUUUUUACCCAGCCAACCUUUGAAAAGUGAUCAAACCUAUACAUUAAACUUUCAUACUUUGUGAGUAGUACUUCAUGUUCUAUGAAUUGGGAAGGGAAUGCAUAGACAACAAUGGUACAUCUAGUUAACUUGAACCCAUCAGGGAUAGAAGAAUAGAGUGUGGGAAGUUUAAUAAUAUGCCUAGUAGUUCAGUUGUAAAGGACACAGCACCUGUGAGUAAAUUUUUAUUCACUGCAGUUACCUCAUUAAACGGGGAUGAAGAGCUUUUGUAUCAACUUGUGUCACUAUUUUGAAGAUUUUUUUUAGCAGUGAUAAACGUUGAACAAGCCAUGCAAAUAUAAGUUUUUUUAAUGUGAUUUUUUCCACUGCAUUUUUUUUCUUCCUAGAGAGGAGGCUGUAGUUGUUAAAGCAGCAGUAGAAACUAUGAAGAGAGUGAUUAAUGUUAACCAAUAUACAUGAAGAUCAGCUAGUAUGGCUAUGGCAUUGGCCAUACUGGCUGAUGGGAGUUGAACUCCAGCGCAUCUGGAGAACAUUAGAGCAGCCUGGUGUAGUUUCUUUUGGGUCAUGGUUUUUAACAGCUGUUGUAAAACCAACUUAUUUCCCAUGUUGUUGAACAGUAGAAUGCUGCUCUCUCUUCCCCUUGUCUUUAGAUGUGUUUUAGCUUGUUGAAAUGUGUGCUGUAGACACUACCAAAGAUUCUCUUGAAAUGAUGUUCCAUGUCAGAACUAUUUUUUUAAAGAACAUGUGCAACAGAAAGAACGCAGUAUGUCAAAGACUGGUUAAAAAUGGACUAAGCUUCAGAAAAAAACUUACAACAUUAUCUAAAUUAAAAUAAAUACUGUCAUUUUAAUGCUGUUUUGCAUUGAUUCAACUGCCACCAAACUUAAAAUUCUCUAUUGAUCAGUAUUACUCUCAUAUCCCAAAAGCAACUGGUCAGCUCCUGUAUUAACAGGAGGCUAGACAACAAACUACAGUAGCAUCUCACUUAUCCAACGUAAACGGGCCGGCAGAACGUUGGAUGUUGGAUACCAAAAAUAUUGCAAUGUAUUGAAAACGUUGACUACAAAAACAUUGAUUACUAAAAGGCAGACUGUGUUGGAUAAUACAGAAUGUUGGAUAAGCAAGACUCUACUGUACCAAACAUCCUAUCCAGUAAGAUGAUCUUAUGUUCUUAAUGACAAAAUUUCAGAUACAGACACAGCGAUUUGCAAACCCUGGAAGAAAUAGAGUACAGUUGCCACAUGAGUCAGAGUAAAUAAGGUUUUAUUCAUAAUUGUGUGUAUGUCACUUUUUGCAGCUGAAUUGUAACUGCUUCCAUUAAAAAUACUGAGGUGACUAUGAGCCUGCAGUUCUGGUAUUUGCUCUUGCAUCCUAUUUUUCUACUCAGUUGAUGGAUUUUUCUUUUAAAGUGUUUCAAAUUGAAUCUGUAUCUUAUCUGUAUGUGUUGCUGCCCCAUGUGCAAACACCAUUUAUGUGGGUGGUGUGAGCUAGAAGAUUGGUGCAUUUCUGUUGAUAUUAACUGAGUGUUAAGAGCCAAUUUGGUGGCAGGAACUUGCUUUCUUUUGAUUUCUGUAAAUUGGAUUGGAAAGCUCUAGUAAAUAGCUCAGUGGAUUGCAAUAAAUUUAGCUUUCCUUGUCUGUUCCAUGUGAGCUGCAAGACAUAUUUGGGCAAAGGUAAUAAAGUCAUGCCAGCAUUUAUCUUGUAGAAAUAGUGUUCAAAUAUGUCCAAUUUCUGUUGCAAGUUUAUGCAGCAAAAGGACAGGAUCAAAUGUGUUCCCCAUUUCUAGUUUAAACAGUGCAUCUAAAAUAUUCAGAAUAAAUCUUAUAAUCAUUGUGACAUAGUCUGGACUAAGUAUGUGCCUGGGAAUGCAACAUUAAGAUCAGUUUCAGUGUCUGAUAUUUUGAAAAGCAGCAGACAAGGUCAAGUGGGCAAGAUUUAUAUUAUGCGUCUUGAAUUAGUUUUAAGCUUCUGAACAGCAGGGCUGCGGACCAGUAGAAUAAGAAUAGAAACAUUGUUGCAAAUAAAGAAAACUGGAAUGUUUCUACUCUGUAAUAGUUGUUAAACACAUUGUACGAACUGUAAAAUGCAUACCUUCCUAUGAAUACCUAAAAUAUUAAUCCAAGCUUUAAGUCACUGAAAGGUUGGCAUUAAUCAGUUGCUCCAGAAUAAUUUGUACCCAGUGUUGCAUUAUCAUUAGUCUUUUUUUUUAAUUAAGUUGCAUUCAUUUCAGAAAUAGAGCUGUAUUGAUGCUAGAAGAUAUUCAUGUAAACUUGUAGCCUCAAAAAGACACUGUCAAGUACUUUUGAAAAUAUUUUUAUAUGUUCCAUUGUUUGUAAAUAUCUUCUAUGCUUAAAAAUAAAUUUUAUUUCCCUA